GGCGGGAGCGGAGGAGACGGUGGAGGGGGCGGGUCGCGUCCGGCGCCACGUCCGCAGCCAGAAGCCACCGUCGCCAACCUUGUCUUCUGGCUCCACAGCCAGAGGAGGCGUCUCCGGAGCCCGCAGCUGCCCGGGGCUGUGCCCGCCGCUCAGGCCGCCUCAGCCCUCCUAGGUGCUGCCCGCUCCUCCGCCCGGCCCCGGCGCCGGCCCCCGACCCAGCGGAGAUCAUGAAUCAGACAGAUAAAAAUCAACAAGAAAUCCCAUCAUACCUUAGUGAUGAACCACCAGAAGGUUCAAUGAAAGAUCACCCACAGCAGCAACCAGGCAUGCUGUCCCGUGUGACUGGGGGUAUCUUCAGUGUUACAAAGGGAGCCGUUGGUGCCACCAUUGGUGGUGUGGCUUGGAUUGGUGGAAAGAGUCUGGAGGUGACCAAAACAGCUGUUACAACUGUGCCUUCCAUGGGAAUAGGGCUGGUGAAAGGGGGCGUGUCUGCUGUGGCUGGAGGUGUUACAGCUGUUGGCUCUGCUGUUGUAAACAAAGUGCCCUUAACAGGAAAGAAGAAAGACAAAUCUGACUAAAAUACGGAGAUACACUUGCUCUCCACAGCAUUAUGAUGCCAGUGGCAUUGAAUUGCUAAAUUACGGACUACAACCAAGUCACCUGUUUUGGACGUUUAUCUUCUAACUGCUGUGUUGAAAGUAUUGAUGACUGACUGGCUUUUGUCUAAAAAGAAGAGACCAAUACUAGCACAGUGUAUGAAGGUUUCUCAUACUUAAAUUCCAGCUUUUUAUCUGGUAAAAUGUUACACUUAUUCAGUUGUAACUGAAGAUAAGGUAUAUUUGAAUAUUUACUACAUAAGUCUUUCAAUUAUCUAAAAAUGUGAACGUUGAAUUUAGUGGAUGAUCUUUACAGUUCCAUAUGUAUAAUGUGCCAGGUAACUCAUGUGCCCCUUAAGAAGGGAACCUUGACCUACAUAAACGUACCUUUGAUGUGCCUAAUAGUUUCAGAUGUCUUAGUUUUUUUAAUAACCAUAGUUGAUUAGACGAAGAGGCAUUCUUUUCUUAUUCAAGAUGGUAAAAGUAGCAGGAACUAGAGAAGUUUAAAAAGGUUCACGGUUUUAUGAAUAUUAACCAUCUUUUGUUAGGUAUGCAUUAUAUUAAUUUAAUCAUUGAUGCCUUACAAAAGAAAACAUCUUUUCUAAUACCCUGAAUAUGUGCAGUUCUUAGGAUUAUUAUUAUACAUGGAUUCUUUCAAAAGUUGUUUGUGAAAUUAGUUUUCCCUCAAGAAUCUCAGGAUUAGUGGCGUAAAGGCAUUUCUUGCUCUCAGCAGAUAGGAUAGUGUUUGAUAACUGUCAGUAGUUAUAACCAAAUUGUACACUUCAACCUGGGUUCAUGCUCCAUCAUUAAUAAACCUCACAGUGCCUAAGGAACAUUUCUUUGCUGGUCAGAAGCUAUGUUAAUAAAAGAGUUUCAUAUUAAGGAGGAAAACAUAAAUCAUUUUAAGUUCUGAAGAAUUACCUAAAGCAUCCAAGAUAUAAAAAAUUCUUCACACCUAUUUUGUCUCCAGGAUGGCUUAAAUUACUAGCAGUACCGCUUUCAAAAAACACAGUGAAAGCAGCCACAGAUGUGUGGGGGCUGACUCUUAAAUUGAACGGAAUGGGCUCCAUAGAUUAGCCUUGAAUGUGAAAUAUAUGUAAGUGCUUUCUGUGUUUGACAGGCUUUUAAAAUGUCAUCUUACACUCCUUUAAAGCAGCUGUAAACUUUGUACCAUUUUCCAAGUCAACUUCAGGCGGGAAAUUGAAUUUUUUGGUUGCGGAUGGUAAGUGUGUUGUGUCUCAUUAACGUCUCAUCAUGUCUCAUUCAUUCUAAAAGAAUAUGACUUAGCUGGAAUUCAUCUUUUUGUUUUUCGUUUCAUGUUCAGUUUCAUAAAAAUUUUAAAAGUGGCAUUUCUCUUAACUAAGGGUUUAAUCCCAGCCUGAAAAAUCUUAAUUUUCCUUCACUUAAGUUUGGAAAUUUGCCACCAUUCUGUAGACUUUUUUGUUGUUGUUUUUUUUAAUGAGCAAGGGGAAGAAAGGAGGUGAUGCUCUGGAGUAAGUCAAAAUAGCAUUCCUGAGAACUUAGAUCACUUCAACACCCAAAGCUUAAGUGUGUGUUUGCAGCCCACUAAGAGUUGUACAUUAAUAAUGUGGGUCAACAAAUGGGUAAGAACAAAACUUAGCUUUUAAAAGCUUUCAUAGAUACCAGCAGGGAUUGAAGUAAAUCCACAAAGGUUCUUGAACCUUUCUACCAUAUACAAAACUGGAAAGUCAUUAGGGAGUUAAAUUAAUCAAAAAUUAAAUUGUUGUUUAUUUCAUCCAGUAUGAUUAAAGGUAUAUCUGUUGGUAUAUCUGGUCAAAUGUCAUAAUUAGCAAAGGGGAUUUAAAAAACAAAAACCAAAAUUAAUGGAUGAACACUAAAUAAUGAUCUAAGUAAUGGUAUUGAAGAAUUUGUUUCCUGCUAUUUGAAAGAAAUUAUUGCUUCAUUGCUAGUUUGUAUUUCUAAAUUAUCUUCUUAUCUUCAUCGGCUCUGCUGUGCUUUGUACCUGAAUUUCUAAAUAUAGACUUUAGUUUACUGUA